AGGAUGAUGCUAUUUAAUUACCUUAAUUGAAAACUAGGAGGAAAUGUGUUAUAGCCCCACCGUGAGACUGGAUUUGGAUUAAAAUAUGUAUGCAUACCCUGUUUUUAUAUGGAGGGCUUUAUAGUCCCGGAAAUGCUGCGCGGAUGGGUGGGUGUUUCGCCGGGCGGCGCCGUCCGGUUCUUCGCCAUACUUGCAUAGCAGCAGCAUCAGCAGCACUCGCACACGACCAGCGCACUUACUGCAGGUACCUGGAAGUCUCUCUUCUUUGAACAAAAAGAUGAAUUGCCCGGCCCUACUACUAAAUGGCUGAGGAUGAUGUGACUCCAGAGCAGCUAGCAGCUAUCGCCGCAGAAAAUGAGGAGCCAGAGCUUGUGAACUACAAGGCACCUGCCCGAAAGACUGUGCAGGAGAUUCAUGAGAUGGAUAAGGAUGAUGAAAGUUUACGCAAAUAUAAGGAAGCCCUCCUCGGUGCUGGAGUUGCUGAAUCUGAUCCCAGUGUUCCCAAUGUCCAGGUGACCCAAAUGGCUCUGAUGUGUGAAAGUGCCCCAAAUCCUCUGGUGCUUGACUUGCAAGGAGACUUGGAAUCCUUCAAGAAGGAGGCCUUUGUUCUCAAGGAGGGCGUCGAAUACAAAAUAAAGAUCAGUUUUAAGGUGAACAGGGAGAUUGUUUCAGGGCUGAAAUAUGUGCAGCAGACGUACAGGAAAGGAAUGAAAAUUGACAAAUCCGACUACAUGGUGGGCAGCUAUGGCCCCCGCCCCGCUGCUUAUGACUUUCUGACCACCGUGGAGGAGGCUCCUAAAGGCAUAAUGGCCCGCGGUAACUACAUCAUCAAAUCCAAGUUUACUGAUGACGACAAGCACGACCACCUGAGUUGGGAGUGGAACCUCAACAUCAAGAAAGACUGGAAAGACUGAGGCCUUUCAGUGUGUGGCAAGACCAAGAUGUCUCCCAUUUGUGUCUGUUGCGAGACUCCCACUGCACCAACACUCAAUACUGCAGUCUCCUUCUGCCGUUUGGGCUUUUUUUUUUUUUUUUUUUAAACUACGGUCAAACAUUUAAUUUCAUCUUGCCUUUAUGUCUGCAUCUGCUAAAAAGUGACUGUCGUCUCACUCUCUCUUAGCAUCAGUAGCAGCACUUUCCCCGUCCAUUCAAGCAAACAUCCCAUCACAUGACCUCAUUAAGCUUUGAUUGAUGAAACCUCAAACCCUUCCGCUUUACCCCUCUGUUCAUUUUGCUGGUCAAAAUUAAGAUCUGCUUUUUCAGAAUGCUGUCUUCCUCUCUGAAUGAAGUACAUGGUUAAAGCAAGUGUACAAUCAACUUAGUUUGCCUUUCUAUCUAGUUGUAUCACUGUUGUAACGGUGACUGUAUCGACAUUACUGAUAAUCUGUCUCCUCACCACAUCCAUCAUUCCAUUGUCUACCUGCUUCUGUCUUUUGAUAUACUCUAAUGACCAAUAUCUGCCUUCAGUCAGAGCUGCUCUACAUGUAGACAUGCACUCCCUCUUCAAAUGAGAAGUGUAGCCCAAGAAUAUUGGUUUUCAAAAACUGCCUUAUGAUCAGUUAAACCUUAACCAAAAAUAAGUUUUCCCUGCGUGGAGUUUGCUGCUGCUGGGAAGCCUGAAAAGUCAAGGGCUCACUUUAUCAAUGAACCAACACCUGUAGCUCUGUUCAAGAUGAGAUUGUUUGACAGCUAAUGUCAGCUGGGCACCUGGCCAAUACUCCCCAAAUCAACCCAUGUCAUAACUGCAGGAUGAUGAAUGUUUAGAAUUGGAGACAAUAAAAUAGCCUGAGGCCUUAUCACUAAUGAGCAUGUAAAGAAAAUCGUUACAAAUGUUUCUCUUGUUUGCUUUGGUGGUGUUCGUUUGCCUUAAUGUUCACGUGUUCCCCGCAACAACUCCUGAGCCGGUUCCAAUUGCUUCUGGCUUGCAGUCAGGCAGCAUCUGCUGCUGAUGGGAGGCAUCGAUGGCAGCAGUAUCAGCUGCUAGCCUUUUUUUUUUAUUUUAUUUUUUUUUUCAAACGCAGUGACCAGGGUCAUAACACUUAUCUCUAUAAUACAUAUGAAGACUGUUUUGGAACAAAUAACUGAUACAAAUAUUAAAUGAACUUGUACUGUACCAGAGCAUUUGGAUGUAGAGGUUCUUUGUUGUUUUACCAUAAACUAUGUAUUCCUGCGCCAUACAUUCCUUCACAUUGUAUAGUUUCUAUUAAAUCACUGGUAUGCUGGUGGGGUUGUACAUGAUAUCAUUUGUGAUUAUUCUUGGUGAAUAAAGGUUUUGCUCAACUUGGGA